AUGGCCAGGUCCCCGCACGCCCCGCUGCUCCUGCUGGCCGCCCUGGCCCUCGCCCUGGCCUUGGCCGAGAGCCCCGUGCCUGGGCAGGGCCCCCAAGUCCCAGUGGAUGCGGACAAGAAGGAGAAGGACUUACAGAGGGCCGUGGCCUUUGCCAUCAGCGAAUACAACAAGGCCAUCAACGACGAGUUCUAUAACCGCCUGCUGAGCGUGGUGACCGCCCGCAAGCUGGUAAACCCCGGAGUAACGUACUUCUUGAAUGUGGAGAUUGGCCGAACCUCAUGUACCAAGUCCCAGCCCAUCUUGGACAAUUGUGGAGUUAAUUAUGAUCCAAUGCUGGUAUGGAAACAGCUGUGCACCUUCCAGGUUUACAUAGACUCCUGGACGAACUCCAUGUCCCUGGAGAAGUACAACUGCUGGAAUGAAUAGGGGACUGGGCAUCAAGCAGGCCGCUGACCACCACUCACCCAUGGCCCCCAUCCCACCCCCAGAGCGGCCUACACCUCCAAUAGGUGACCCGCCUGGUGGACCUGCCCUCCGUGUGCCGCCCCAGCAGACACACAGAGAAGCCUCCUUGGGCAUGUUUUGAACUGCUAAGGGGUUCUAACUCAUUUCUCUCUUCUAAUUGCUUUCCAAGUGAACCAAAUGCCCGUGCUCUGCUCUUUUGCUUGAUAAAAACGUAACAGAAGCUACUCCUUGAGUUGCU